AUGAAGCCUUUAAGGCUUCGUGGCUUCUUUGUGGCUGCUUUCUUCUUAGCAGCCACCGAAACGACUCAUGCACUCGAUUUGAGUACGACUGUUGUGUAUACGUCAUCUAGUUUCUGCACUGGAUCGACAAGCGGAACACCGGUACUUGUGACAGCUGUGCCGGAUUUAAGUAGCUUGUGUUCACCAAGCAUCGCGUGUACCGAAACUCCAGCGAGUAGCUCAUUAUUUCCAGCUACUGUCUGCUCCACUACGGAUGGUACUGCAACGGGAACUUUCAUACAAACGAAACUUCCAUCGCUGUUUGGCUCAAAUCCCUAUGUGGCUAUCGAGACUUACACUGCAUCAUCGGCUUGCGCUACAGCUACAGAUAUCACAGAUAUUAAAGUGUAUCUGGCAGACGGAAAGUGUCACAAGACCGAUACAGCUGCAAGCUACCGUGCGACACGAAAGGCAGAUGGGUCGGCUACCGUUCAGUCCUAUUCAGAUGCUUCGUGUACGACGACUUCAGGGUCACUUUUUAGUGUUACUGCUGGGCAGUCGGCCAAUUCUUGUGCAACGGGCUCAAGUGGUAUAGCUGACCAGAAAGUCUAUGGAAGCGGUACGACGCCGCUGUAUUUGACAACUACAUCGAAUUAUGAUUCGGCCGACCAGAAUUGUGUCUCCGGCGUCCCAUCGCUAGUUUCGAUAGCAGUUGCCAACGUUGACACUUGUACUGCAACUUCUACUUGCACGGGUAGCUCCGCUCCCUACACGGGGACCAAGUGUAAUAGUGUAUCUUCGUAUCGAACUGACAUGACGUCGGCAUUUGGAGUGAAUCCGUAUGUAAUCGUCGAAACGUAUAAUGCUGGAAAAUCUUGUGCCGCUGAUGAGCUGGCUAGCGUCCUGGUGUACCUGGCUGACGGUAAAUGCCACAAGACCAGUGGAUCGUCUAGCUAUCGCGCGACGCGGAAAACUGAUGGAUCUGCAACUGUUCAGCCUUAUUCGGAUGGAACUUGUAGCACUGCUGGGACGUUAUUUACUGUUACUGCCACACAAGCAACAUCCAAUGCGUGCGCUUCAGGUGCUAAUGGCAUCCUUGACACCAAAGUAUAUGGCGACAACGCAACACCACUUUAUUACACCUCUACGCUUAGCUAUGAUACCAGCACGUUGAGCUGUGUCUCAGGGGUUCCUUUGUUAGUUACGACGACGGCAGCUUAUGUUGACACCUCAUGUACGACGACAAGCAGUUGUACCGGUAGCAGUGCUCCCUACACAGGUACCAAAUGCAGUUCUGAAUCUACGUAUCGAAGCGAUAUAACAGCCGCAUUCGGUUCGAGUCCAUUUGUGAUUGUUGAACAAUAUAGCAGCGGCCAGUCGUGUGUCCAAUCAGCACUGACUAGCAUCACAUCGUACCUGGCUGACGGCAAAUGUUAUAAGUUGAGUGGAUCGACAAGUUACCGCGCUGCAAGAAAAGCAGACAGUUCGGCGUUCAUCCAGACAUACUCGGAUCUGACGUGUACAAAUCUCGGAUCGUCAAUUUCAAUUUCUGCGGCUGCUGGUGCGUCGAAUACGUGUGAUUCCGACAGAAAAGCGUAUGGAGGAAACACGACGCCGUUCUUUUUGACCUCCACAAUGAAUUAUGAUACUUUAGCGAACAGCUGUUCAUCAGGGGCUCCUUCUUUUGUUUCAAUAACGGUUGGCAAUUUUGACAACUGUGCGGCAACUUCCAGUUGUUCAGGAAGCUCUGCUCCAUACACGGGAACCAAGUGCAGUUCUGUUUCUUCUUACAAAAACGACCUUGCUACUGCGUUUGGUGUGAAUUCUUAUGUGAUUGUAGAAAAGUAUUCUGCUGGGCAAUCAUGUGCCGCUGGUUAUCUAUCUGAAAUUUUGGUCUACCUGGCAGACGGCAAGUGUCAUAAGAUCAGUGGAUCGUCUAGCUAUCGCGCGACGCGGAAAACUGAUGGGUCUGCAACCGUUCAGCCUUAUUCGGAUGGAACUUGUAGCACUGUUGGGACGUUAUUUACUGUUACUGCCACACAAGCAACAUCCAACUCGUGCGCAGCAAAUGCUAAUGGCAUCCUUGACACCAAAGGGUUCCGUUGUUAG